UAUAUGACCUCUAGCGCCAUCUGGUGUUUCGCGCCAGAUUCGACUAUAGUCGUGAAAAUGGCGCCAGCUCCAACUUCGGACACUGAAAACAAUAACGAUAAUGAACAAGAUUCACUUGCCCGUGGCCGUUCAAAACGUCAAAAAAUUGACAAGAAAGGGAAAUUUGCUGCUUUGCAGAGAUUACGUGAAGCGAAAGCUGCAGGAGUGAAAAACAAAUAUGAGGAUAAAGAGGAUCAGCAAGUCUAUGAUGUUGUUGAUGAGGAUGAAUAUUCUAAAAUCGUACAGGAGAGACAGGAAGAUGACUGGAUUGUGGAUGAUGAUGGAUCCGGGUAUGUGGAAGAUGGCAGAGAGAUAUUUGAUGAUGACCUGGAUGAUUCUGCCCCUGUUGCCAAUAAAAAAAAGGAAGACAAAAAGAAGACAAAGAACCCAAAUAUUGUAAGACCAGGCACCAAACCCAAGGCCAAUAUCAAAUCUAUGUUCAUGGCACAGGCUGCUACAGGAGGCAGCAAGAAGAAAGUGGAGAAGGAUGUCAGUCUCGCUGGUGAUGAAUUGCUCGGUGACCUGAUGGAAGAACUCCAUAACGGGCCUUCAGAUGCCAUCAUUCCGUUCCCUAUCAAGUUAAAGAAAAGGGGCCCUGCUUCUUCUAAGUCACCUUACAACCCCUUCAGUACAUCUGUAAAACCUGCCUUACAUGCCAAACCAGCCCCUGCCCCUCUACGGGUGAAACAGGAGAUCAAGCAGGAGCCAGGCACUACCAUGUCCAUGAAGCCUAUGAAGAGAAGCCGUCCCCUGCCACGUCCGAACAUCCCUGACCCCCAGGAGGACUGUGGAAAUUUCGACGAGGUGGACGGUAUGGAUGUGGAUACAGUACAGAGUAUCAACGAUGACUCCGGAUUAGUUGAGCUAGAUGACAUUGACUUUGACGAAGAUGUUGAGGAGAAAAGCACCAAGGUCAAAGUGAAAGAGGAGGCAGUUUCCAUGACUUCAGUCAAGCCAAAGACAGAGCCUAAAUCUGAACCUGUUGAAGUCAUACCAUUCGAGACCUUCUCCACGGGUUGGGGCUCAUAUACUGACGGCCAGUCAGAGGUCAUUGUUUCACAGACUGACGUUCAAGUGGACACCUCAAACUUACCCUUGGUUACCAAUGAAGCAGGAGACCAAGUGUUACGAUUUUACUGGCUGGACGCUUACGAAGAUCCUUACAACAACCCAGGAACAGUCUACCUGUUUGGGAAAGUUUGGAUUGAAUCAGCAAAAACACAUGUCAGCUGUUGUGUGACUGUUAAAAACAUAGAAAGAAGAUUGUAUCUACUCCCCAGGAAAACGAAAUUUUGCCAGAAGACAAAAGAGGACACUGGGUUUGAAGUUGGAUUGGUUGACGUCUACACAGAAUUCAACGACAGGAUCGUCGAGAAACACAGAAUAAAAAAAUUCAAGUCUAAGAAAGCUACAAAGUUGUAUGCCUUUGAGAAAGAGGAAGUGCCAGUCGAGUCAGACUACUUGGAAGUCAGAUAUGCUGCAGACAACCCAGCACUGCCAUCUGAUCUGAAGGGAGAAACUUUCUCUCACGUGUUUGGUACUAACACAUCAUGCUUAGAAAUUUUCCUUCUGGAUGCAAAGAUGAAAGGUCCCUCGUGGCUUGAUAUCAAAUGCCCUCAAAUAUCCAAUCCACCAAUCAGUUGGUGCAAACUUGAGGUUACGUUAACGCGGCCAGACUAUGUGAGCGUGAUGACCGACUCAUCUCUAAACUUGCCUCCGCCUCCCCUCGUUGUCAUGACGAUGAAUCUGCGUACUCUACCUAAUCCGAAAACACACCAGAAUGAGGUCAUUGGGUUUUCCUGUCUGGUACAUAAUUCCUUCCAGGUUGACAAGCCAGCCCCCAAGACACAGUUUCAGGAGCAUUUCUAUGCACUUGGAAAACCAAACGACUGUAUUUUUCCUUAUGAUCUCAAGGACAAGAUACAGAAAGAGAGUUGCAAUAUGAAAAUGGACACAUUUCCGAAUGAGAGAGCUCUCCUAGGCUACAUGCUUGCCAAAAUCCACAAGAUUGAUCCUGACGUCUUAGUGGGCCACGAUAUCUACGGAUUUGACCUGGACGUGAUGCUCCACAGAAUCAAUGCUAACAAGAUUCCUCACUGGUCAAAACUUGGGCGCCUCAAGAGAACAAAGAUGCCCAAGCUCUCUACUCAUGCUGGAGGGCGGGGGAUCACAGACAAGUACAUCACCUGUGGCCGUCUCUUGUGUGACGUCAAGAUCUCCUCCCGGGAGCUCAUCCGCAGUAGGAGCUACGAUCUCACGGAGCUUGCAAACGUUAUACUGAAACAGAAGCGCAUGGAGCUUGACUAUGAACAAAUCAAACAGAUGUACCAGUCUACAAAACAGCUUCUCCAGUUUGUUGAACUGACACUCGUUGACUCAACGUUAAUUUUGCGGAUCAUGUAUGAGCUGAACGUCCUACCUCUGGCCUUGCAGAUCACAAACAUAUGUGGAAAUGUGAUGACGAGGACAUUGAUGGGGGGGCGAUCAGAGAGGAAUGAAUAUCUAUUACUACACGCUUUCACAGAGAAAAACUUCAUCGUUCCUGAUAAAGAAUAUAGGAAGAAAGCUGCAGCACCAGCAGAAGGUGAAGAUGGUGAAGAGAAGGCUCCAACAAAAGGACGAAGGAAACCUGCAUACGCAGGGGGUUUGGUACUGGAACCCAAACGAGGUUUCUACGAUAAGUAUAUCCUACUGCUGGACUUCAACAGUUUGUACCCGUCGAUCAUCCAGGAAUACAACAUCUGUUUCACAACAGUGAAACGCCAUGACAAGGACAGACAGAAAACUGAAGGAGAAGAGGAGGAUAUGUUUUCGGACCUACCAGAACCAGACCUGGAACCUGGUAUUCUACCAACAGAGAUUCGAAAGCUAGUCGAGAGCAGACGACAAGUGAAACAGCUGAUGAAAGGCGACAUUUCUCAUGAACAGUAUACCCAGUAUGAUAUCCGUCAGAAAGCCCUCAAGUUAACUGCCAACAGUAUGUAUGGGUGUCUUGGCUUCACAUUCUCCCGAUUCUAUGCCAAACCUCUCGCCGCUCUCAUCACCGGCAAAGGACGAGAAAUUUUAAUGAAAACCAAAGAUCUUGUGCAAGGGAUGAACCUGGAUGUGAUCUACGGUGACACAGAUUCCAUCAUGGUGAACACUAACUGUACAGAUCUGGACGUCGUCUUCAAACUCGGCAACAAGGUAAAAGGUGAGGUAAAUAAGCUGUACCGCCUGCUAGAGAUUGAUAUAGAUGGCGUAUUCCAGUCCAUGCUCCUCCUCAAAAAGAAAAAAUAUGCUGCACUUAAUGUGACAAAGGGUGGAGAUGGUAAAUAUACAACGCACCGAGAACUGAAGGGGCUUGAUAUCGUUAGACGAGACUGGUCAGACUUGGCCAAGGAAGCUGGAAAUUUCGUUGUUGACCAGAUCCUUUCUGGUGUGUCUAAGGAAACAGUUGUAGAGAACAUUCACAACAAAUUGAUGGAAGUCGGAGAAAAGGUCAAUGGCAACGAGAUACCUGUGGAGCUCUUCUUUAUUACAAAGGCAUUAACAAAAAAUCCGGAGGAUUAUCCUGACAAGAAAAGUCUACCUCAUGUUCAAGUGGCAAUGAGAUUUAAUAGUAAAGGAGGCAAGAAAAUGAGGGCAGGAGACACGGUACCCUAUAUCAUCUGUCAGGACGGCUCCACUUUAGCAGCUUCACAGCGGGCCUAUCACCCAGACGAGCUGGCUAAAAGUGAGACACUCACAGUCGAUGCCAAGUACUACCUGGCUCACCAAGUCCACCCUGUCGUGUCCCGACUCUGUGAUCCUAUAGAGGGUACGGAUGCUGCACAUCUGGCUGAAUGUCUCGGAUUAGAUCCUGCAGGAUACAAGCACACUAGCCGGACUCAGGACGAGGAGGAGGAUGAUGCCCUGUUAGGAGGCACAGAUAUGUCGGACGAAGAAAAGUUUAAGGAUUGUGACCGCUUCAAGUUUAAAUGUCCGAGUGUUACCUGUGGACGAGAAAUCAUCUUUGAUGGUGUAUUUACUGGAGCGGAGCAGGAAAUUGAUUGUUCCCUGGCCAAGUGUCCAAAUCCACAGUGUCAGUGUAAGCCAGAUGACAGCCUGCCACAGAUGGUCAAUCAACUUGUCAUGACAAUACGGAAACAUAUCCGUAAAUAUUACGAGGGAUGGUUGAAAUGUGAUGACACUACAUGUGGUCAUGUGACUCGUAGACUGCCUUUGAUCUUCCAGAGGAGUCACCCAGUCUGCCCUGCAUGUCAUAAAGGACAUUUGAAUACAUGUUACACUGACUCCAUGUUAUACAACCAGCUGUGUUUCUACCAACACGUGUUUGACAUUGACAAAGCCAGGAACCAGCUAUCGGAUAGAGAGAGGGAAUUUGCCAGCAUCAAGUCGAAGGAAUUUAUCACAAGUUAUAACAAGCUGAAGGAUGUGUCAUCCCGAUGGUUGAAACAGAACUCCUAUUCAGAUGUGAAUCUUGACUCAUUAUUUGAAGGACUGUAUGUACAAAAGAAAUGUGUUCCUAGUUAAUGGAGCAUUUGUUGUGGAGAAUCUAUGGACGGACUUGAAAGACUAUUAGAUAUUUAUCUAGAAUUUUAGCAAUCAUUUGACAGAAAGUCCUCUAUAAGUAUUAUGAACAGAAGAAAAUGUAAUGAAAAGAAAGAGAGAGAAAAAAAGAUGUUAAUAUAAAACUCCUAGUGACUUCAUUGUUAUAAUGGAAAACUUUGUAUUUCAUAUUGAUGAUGCUGAAAGCAAUAGUGUGUUAGGGCACAUUCAGCUAUGGUGCAUCUUUAAACAGCAAUACACAUAGACAAGGCGUGAUUCCAUGGGGACAGCUUGAGGUCACAGUUGGUAUUCAGUAGAUGUUAAAAAUUCCAGAUUAAUAUUUAACUGUGAAUUAUUGUUUUAGAACAUAUUUACCCCCUAUUCUGAGGAUGAGUGUCUAGCUGAACACAGCAUUUAUUUCCAUGAGUAGUGAAAUAUGACAGGACCCCAGGCUAUAGAUUUAUCUACAUAUUGAUGUAGAUAUCUUCCAUUGUGUCGUAUCUCUGUAAGGCUGUGCUUUUUCAAUUUCCACUACAGCUGAACUAUUUGAACAUACUACUCCGCAGGGGUCCAAAAUUGACUAGUUAUAUGAAAUGCUCAUUAUUGUCCCGAUAUAUUCAUGGUUAUACAUGCAUUUUUGUGAUAUUUGGAUAGCAUUAUGUCGUUUUUGCAUAGAGCUCUUAUUGUCGGAUGACUGCUCAGACACAUGGGAUUCCUACUAAAUACUUGCAUCACUCAAAGUGCUAUGGUAUCAUGAAGCAGGGAUUAAUAAGUACAAUAUGUGAUGCAAUAUUGAAAUGUCACGUAAACACCAUAAUAAUUAAUAAAUAUUAUGGAGUUGUUUCAAAGAUGUACAAAACAUGCAUUCUAAUAUUCUGAGAUCUUUGAAUUAAGUGAAAACACAUUUCUGAUGACAUAUGAUUAUAUUGAAGUGAUAUGAUUCCCGUGAAUUGAUAUUCAUGUUUUCAGUUUUGUUAGUAUGAAAGAUUGUUCACUGGCAGAAUUGUUAUAAAGAAUUAAACUGCUUUCAAUAAGUGAUUACUUUCAUAGCUAAUGUGAAUGCCAACUGAGAAUGAUAUUGAAUAAUGUUGCAAGAUUGUUCACUCCUAUUUGAUAUUCAUCUUGUCCAAAUACAAAAUGCAUUUGAUAUUUCCAAACAAACAUUAUUUUUGUGAUGUUAACUUUUGAAUGUUUUAUAUGAGCAACACGUUAGAGGAAAUCUUUAAAUAUUGCAAAUACUAUUUUAAAAAUUGUUUUAAUGGUACUUUUACUGAAAAGGAAUAUAGGAAUAUUUGAUUGAUCAACUUUGAACAUAAGUGUGAGAAAACAAUAUUCUAGAUAGAUUUGUAUAAUAGAUAGGAUGUAAAUUAUUAGUGCGUGUAUAUUGUAUUAUAUGCCAUGUGAUGUUGGACGAAUUUGUACAGUAAUAUAUCAUGUGCUGGAAUAAACCUACUAAAGAUUA